ACUUGACUGAACGUUUGGAUCGUUUAGAGGAAUUUGUAUGGAACUCUAAUGUUUAUGCAACAGAUGAAAUGGAUUUAGAAGACGAAGAUACAAUUGGAAAUGAACAAGAGUUAGAUACUAAUGAAUCUGACAAUACUAGUAUGGCAAAAAUUGUUGAUGUGAUGCAACAAAUGAUAUCUCGAAUGGACUCAAUUGAAAACAAGGUAUAUCAAAACCCCCCAGCUAAAAAACCUUACAGUACUGGAGAAGAUACACAGGAAGAAUUGUCUUCUGAACAUAUAUAUAAUCCUAACAAUUUAUAUAAAAAUAAUAGAAAUAAUUUUAUGAACUUUGCAACACAUAAUGUAAGGGGUUUUAAUGACCCAAUUAAAAGAAAACUUUUUUUCAAUCAUAUUAAAAACAAUAGAAUAGAUAUCACUGGAAUCUCAGAAACAAAUUGCAACGAGAACAAAGAGAAAUGGUACAUUGACGGAAAAGAUAAGUUCCGUGCACAUUGGUCUUCUAAUGGGAUGGGUGCAGGUGUCGCAUUAAUCAUAUCAAAAGAAUUAAAUAAAUACGUAUGUAAGGUAGCCAGAUUUAAAGGAAGAGCAAUACGCAUAAAUUUAGUUCUUCCAAGAAAGACUACCAUCUGUCUAAUUCAAGUCUAUCUACCAAGUAAAAAAACAGAUGCUAUUGAAACAAUUUCUCAAGUCAAGAACUGGAUUCUUGAUGCCCAACACAAAAACCAAAAAGUUAUUGUCAUGGGAGAUUUCAAUGCU